AUGGACGUCGAUAUGCACAUGGACAUGGAAGCAAAACCCACAACUGCACAGUCGGGCACCUCCUCCCUCGCACACCCACCACCAUUAUCAACGAUAUCGCUAACGUCCCUACCCUCGGAAAUCGUCCUCCAAGUCCUAUCAUUCCUCCCACUGCCCAUCCUCCUCGCCUUCCGCCUCGUCUCCACUUGGACCAACACACUAGUCCUUGAACCCGUAUUCUGGGACCGACUCGAAUUCUCGAAACAGUUGCUCUUCAAGGUUGGAGGCGGUGCUGGGGCUCAGCAGUCGCAGCACCGAAGGGCUAAUCUUGGUCUUGGUGGUACAGAAGUAGGAGCAGGGAAGGAGAGUGUAUUUCAACACAGCUCGGAUGCGAAUCUGAUUGUGCAUCGGCAGUCCCUUGCAGCGACGUCGCCUUCGCCUACCAGUUCUUGGAUCGAGGAUACUCGGGCGGCGGCUGGACUAGAUGCAGGAGGAGCAGGACCGUCGGUGACCAUCUCUGCCAACAUUCCUCGUUCUAUCCAGCAACAACAACAACACCAGCAGGAUACUUUAUCAACAUCCCCAACAUCCUCAACAGUAAUACAACGGCAGCCCAAACACUCACCCUGGACAAAGAUCGAGACAUCCUUCCUCUCCUUCCUAACCCGCUUGGCGCACAACCCCAGGACUGCGCGUGGAGUCCGUACAAUAGUGCUCGAAGAUUGGGAAGGGGCCGAGUCGGUGCAGGUUCUCUGGACGACUCUGAGCGCCUUUAGCAAGUUGCAGACAUUGAUUGUGAGGAAUUCUGUUCUUCGACAUUUGCGCUUUCACCAAUCAAAUGACUAUAGUAUUGACAAGGACGAUGGAGCGACAACAUGGACAAAGCUGUUGGAGCUGAAUUUCCAGGACUGCGCACUGGCGCUGAAGAAAGCAUCAUUUAUCCAUACAAAGAUCCAGGACGAGGAUUUGAUUGCGCUGUUGAGGAGAUCACCCGAGUUAGAGGAGUUGCGGUUGGAUCAGUGUUAUGGGCUCACGGUGAGGGCGUUGGAGGCUAUUGCUUUUGGCGACCAGAGUCCGGCUUCGUUUGGUGAUGGGGUAGAGGGGCAAGGCGCUGAUGCUGGAGGUGUUUUAGGAGUUGCGGGUCAAGCGCCCAUGACGACGAUGAUGGAUCAGGAAGUGCAGACGAAGGGAUCCGGUUACUCGUCGGGUGUAGAAACCUAG